AUGAACAUACAAACAUCUUGUGCAACUAGAAAAUCACCGUACUUGCUUGAAGAGUUGGCUGAUGAUUUUUUUGAAAAAUCAGAAAAUAAUUAUUUAUUAGACCAAUCUCCAACACCAUAUCAGGAAAUUUCUCUAAUAUUAAAUCAAAAAUCAACAACUUUACUCCAACCUGAAUUGUCGACAUUACACCAACCUGAACUAUUAAUACUAAAUCAAUAUAGAUCAUUGAUUAUAAAUCAAGAAGAUAAUGUUAAUGAACAAAAUUCAUACUUGUGA